AUGGGCUCCAUAUCUGACCCUUCAGUCUUGAAAGACAGUGCAAGUCAUUCGCUAUUCUCAAGCCUAUCUCCAACCCCCGUCGACGAACCCUUUGCAGUGAAUGGAGCAUACAUCCAAGAUACCUAUCCCGACAAAGUCAACCUUGGCAUCGGCGUCUACCGUACAGCCACCGGAUCACCAUGGCCAUUGCGAGUGGUUGAAGAGGCCGAAAAAAAACUCCACCAAGAAAGUGAUGUGAAUCGGCAUGAGUAUCUCACCAUUCAAGGUGACAGGGAAUUCCUCCGACUGGCAUCUGACCUUGUGUUUGGCUUUGACAAGCAGAAACAAGCAAAGGCAGUGGAAAGCAAAAGCCGUGUCAUUUCCAUUCAGACAGUCUCAGGGACAGGCGCAAACAGACUCGGCGCCGAGCUCCUAGCUCGAAACAUACAACCGGGAUGUGUAUGGGUUCCUGAUCCCACCUGGGCAAAUCACCACACAAUCUGGGAGCUAGCCGGUGUCCGAAGGAAGAGCUAUCCUUACUACGACAGCAAAACUAAGUCCUUCGAUUUUGAAGGAACUUUCCGGACGUUGUCAUCUGCCGACAAAAACGAUGUCGUAAUUCUUCACGCCUGUGCUCAUAACCCUACCGGCGCGGAUCCAACAAAAGAACAGUGGAAGCUAUUAGCUGAAUUGUGCAAGGCGAAGGGCCUGAUCCCUUUCUUCGAUCUAGCCUAUCAAGGCUUUGCAUCCGGAAACCUUGAGCAAGAUGCAUGGGCCAUUCGUCAUUUCUUCAGCUAUAGCCCUCAACUGGAGUUCUGCGUCGCACAGUCAUUCUCAAAGAAUUUUGGGCUUUAUGGUCAGCGUGUCGGGGCUUUGCAUGUUGUUACUUCCACUGCUAGUGAGGAGGUUUCUCAAAAUGGUUUGUCUAACCUUUGUCACCUUGUUCGGGGAGAAUAUUCAAUGGCGCCUAGAGGUGGAUCGGAGAUUGUGCGAACUGUUCUGGGGAAUGAGGCUCUUAAAGAUAAGUGGUAUGAGGACCUUGUGACGAUGAGUGAAAGGAUUCGACAGAUGCGUCAGGCUCUGUUUGAUGAGUUGAUUAAGCUGCAAACUCCUGGUGAUUGGACACAUAUUCUGAAACAGAUUGGCAUGUUUACCUACGUUGGACUGUCGGAAGAGCAAGUUCUUGAAAUCAGAUCAAAGCAUCACAUCUACAUGCUGAAAUCCGGGCGCAUCUCAAUCUCGGGCUUAAAUGAAAGCAAUGUAAAGUAUGUUGCGAAGGGCAUAGACGACGUCGUACGGUGA